AUGAGUCAAUUGCGUGCUGCAAUGAAUUAUCGUAACAAUUUAAAGGCUAUCGAAAACUCAAUUAAAAAAUAUCAAGAAAAUUUUCUGCCACUACUAGAGUCUAAUAAUCCUGAAACAUCAACACAAACUAAUCAAGAUUAUAUAAUUAUUGUAAGUGAUUUUGAAGAUGAAGAAGAAAUUCAGAUCUCAGAAUUAGAAAGGAAUAAUAAUCCUAUGAAUGAAAAAGAAUGGAAUAAAAUGGUAUUAAAAUGGAUUGAUAUGAUUAAUGAUAAUAAACAUGCACAAAGCGAAGAAGAAUAG